CGGCAGAAGAUGGCGUCUCUUCGCUGUAGGCGAGACCCCUGCGGCGUUAUCUGUCUGAUUUUAACUUAUUUCAGCGUGUUUUACGCGGACUACGUGGUCAUACAGUAUGUCCUCAUCCCCGCCUACUCGGACAGUGUGUGGUGCACUCUACAUGGGUCAGUGUUUAACUUGAUUCUGCUGCUGCUGCUGGCCUGUCACUCCAAAGCCGUCUUCUCAGACCCUGGCAUGGUGCCUCUUCCUGACACAGCUAUAGACUUCUCAGACCUUCGGUCGCAGUCGUCUCGGAUGAAUGAACGGGGCUGUGAAGGUUGGACGGUUUGCAGUCGAUGUGAAACAUACAGACCUCCCAGAGCGCAUCACUGCCGCGUCUGUCAGAGAUGUAUACGCCGCAUGGACCAUCACUGUCCCUGGAUCAACAACUGUGUGGGAGAGUUGAACCAGAAGUAUUUUAUCCAGUUUCUCUUCUACACAGGCAUGGCCAGUCUGUACUCGCUGGUGUUGGUGGUGUCAGCCUGGGUCUGGAGGAUAAGAAGUGAGAGAGAAGGAGACGCAGAGAAAGAAGGAGAGGAGACGCCCAGCAAACACCUGAUAGUUGCUCACUACAUCAUCCUCCUGGUGGAGUCGGUGUUGUUCGGCGUGUUCGUCAUGGUCAUCUUCUACGAUCAGUUGGUCUCCAUCAUCACGGAUGAGACUCCCAUAGAGCAGAUGAGAAAUCGGCUGAUGAUCAAGGACAGAGCCUCCUCAUCUUCCUCCUCGGCCUCCACCUCCUCCUCCUCGGCCUCUCAGCCGCCUAUCCACCCCCCACACACCCGCAAGCCGAAGCUGGCUCUGCUGCGGGAGGUUUUUGGAAGAGGGUCGGUCUUCUGCUGGCUUCUUCCUCUCCACUCCAGCCCUCCGUCAGUCGGUGGCAUCAGCUACUCAGCGCUGCCCGACUACGACGUCUGAUCCAGGAUGGUGAGGAAGGUUUCAUCUGUGUGAGAGAGAGGGGAAUUUCUGCCUAACUCUGAUGUCUUAUCUUUGGACCUGAGAGGUGAAGAAGAAGGACGAUGAAGGCAAAGACUGGGGUGAAUGAAUGUAUGAAUGAAUGAGGCUGUUUGUGUGGCUUUAACCCCGAGAUCUAGAAACGAUCAGCCUCAGACUCAUGAAUUUACUAUCUUUUUCCUUUCAUGAAGGAAAAAUCAGAUGUCACCCAUAUUUCCUGGUAUGUUACUGAACUCAGUGUAUUUUUUAAUAGUUUAAAUUCUGUGGAAGAGUUAGCUUCCUGUUGACACUGACUUACCUGGGUGCUUUAUAUAUUUAUAUUCUGGACAUUGUGAUAUCUUUAGGGUUUACUUUACAGGAAUUCAAAAGUUUCAUGCACUAAAACUGCAAACAUUCAGGAGCAAAAUUAUUAAGAAGGGAAAUGGACUGAAUUCACUCAUGAAAUGACCUCCAAAUGCAUUCUCAGAGUUUAUUCGUGCUAUUUAAAAAUGGGAAUUUGCAGCUGAAUUUUAAAAGAACCAAAGGUAAAUUUAUUAUUUAUUUUAAUCCUCUUGAGCUAAAGAUAUCAAAUACACAAUCAGAAGCACUCCUUCUGAUUUUACUAAAUCAAACAUUUUCAAAUAAAUCAACAAUAUUAACGUAGAUUUAUAUUUUCCAUAAAGAACAAAUGGCUAAAAGGGAGAUUGAAAAGAACUAAAAUAGUACAAUAGUUUAAAAACAGAAGAAAAUUAAAUGUUUUUGAGGUUGUGGUUUGCUGCUUUGGGGUUCAUAAGCAAACAAAACAGUGAAGAUAGCUAUGAAGAGAUUCAUUUUUAUGUGUUCUAUCUUGUUAACUUUCUCCUGUGUUUAUCCUGAACUUCAAAAACUUGACUAACUUUACUGUGUUACAGAUUUUAUCCACUACACACACAAACAUUUACUUUCAAUAACGUUUUUUUUCCUGGGGUCUAACCCUCAUCCUGAAACCUAAAACCUACUUCCUUUACACUAAUUUUAAUUAUUAACUGCUUCCUACAGGAAUGGCGCACCUAAUGUCCUCAUUUGGCUAAGUGGUCCCUGUUUGACCAGCAUCUUUUAAAUAUUCCCAUAAGGAUACUAAAUCAGGAGUGUGUCCACACACAGGGUUACAUUUAAGCCACAUCAUGAGGACUGUUACAAAGCUUAAGUUUGGUGGACUGCCUUUCUUCACAUAGGUGAUAAAAUACAUAUCUUAAAUUAAUCCCCAUCAUAUCACACACAAACACAUGCUGAGAGUGAGUACAUCUCUGUGUUCUGCUAAUUCUCAACAAAGGGAUGAUUCCUAACUUAUUUAUUGUUUUCUUAUUUUUCUUUGGACUUAACUCUACCAAAAAGUGUAUUUUUAUGUGACGGUUGAAGCUGCCUUUUGUUACUGUUUCAGGUUUUACUUUUCUGCAUAUGUAGUAAUAAUUAUAAAGUUUGUAAUGAUGAAAGUAACAGAAGAAAGCCACAAGAGGUUGAAUCUCCUGCUACUUGUCUUUUACCAACAGCUCUUACUUGAUUUAUUUCACCUAGUGUAAGCUUGCCGUUUAUUACCUCAUUUUUACCCUUCUUUCCACAUAUGUAUGGUUACGGAAGUAAGUCAACCAGAAGUCCAUUCAUUCCUAUGGGAACCUUUGAUGAGUUCCUUUUCCUCUUUCAAAACAAAAGUCAGUUUUCAUCCAAACAAGGAGUAAAGCAAUCUUAGCUCGAUACUUCGCAAACAUACAAUAAAAAAUGGCAAAGUCAGUUGUUAACCUUGUUAGGUUACUUUCAAAUACCAUGCUUUAUUUUUUACAACAAUUCAACUGCCUUUCUCACCACUACUGCCGCUGUAAUGAACUUGUUUUUUCCCCAGAUUCAUCAAUCGUUGGACACGCAUUCACAGAAAUGGUAGAGCUAAUGAAGGUAGCUGAAGCUAGCUUGAUAGAAUCUCCAGUAAUUUACAAGCUGCAGCAGAAAUAGUACUCCACAUUAAGCGCUGUGUGACCCCAAAAGGUGCAAUUUAGUCUUGUUUUUUUCAAAGCUGACAUUUUAGUAUGGAUUUGAAAGUGCAGAAGAAACCAGAAACCCUAAGGUAUCUUCGCCCCUCCUUGUGUUUUUAUGUAUGUAUAUAUUGUCAUUCCAACUUAACUUUUAAGUUUCAGAUACAGAAGGGAACAUUUUACAAAUGCUUGAUUUUAAUUUUAUUUAAUGACAUGAUUCUAACAAAGUAUUUACAGCAAUCCUAUAGUGUUUAAUAAUGAGAACAGUUACCAUUUAAGAGAUAAUAUCACUUGUUUCUUCUGAAAAUGACACAUUUUUUUACAUUAAGUGACUUUAAUCACAUGGAGUGAUUCGCCUUUUUCUUAUAUGUUACAAGGAAACUAAGUUACUGAUAUCACUGAUACAUUUCUUUUUGAAACUUUAAUUUAGAUCAUGUUAAACAGUGAAACUAAAUGUACUUUCUAGCAAAUUAAAAACUUUGAGAGUUUUAGCAAUGACCAUGAAAGGCCAGUAAAGAUGUGUAAUUUGUAUUGAGACGCUGAGCUAUGAGGCUCAAUUUAAAUUUUCUUAUGCAAAAGUGUUAUCAAUUACUGCAUUAAAGUCAUCUUUAAUACAGCAUGAUGUUAAUUUCUUAAAACAAUCUAAUUUGAAGUAAAUUAGGAGAUAAAAUUUAUGCUUGAAAGCUUAUAAUUUUGUAAUGAGCAAGGUACUUUGCUACAUAGUUACUAGCUUAUUCUGUUCAUUUAGCUCACAGUGUGAAUACAUGCUAUCCUUAGAGUUGAAUAUAUGCUAAUGAAGUCACCAUCUUCCAAAGUAAAGCUGCCUUAUUCCUCUUAUGUUUGGAACUGAAAGGAGAUGGAAGCUUGAGAGAUUCAAGUCGUUAAUUAAAAGGUUUCCAGACACUAUUUUACAGGAUGGCACACUCACACCAUAUCCUUUUCUACUGUUGUUUCAUUAGCCAGACAUAGGAAAUUUUAUAACGGUGAUGUGCAAUUCUCCUGAAGGGAAAGUUACUGAAACUCUGAAACCUUUUUUUGUGUUUUUCGUUUAUGAUCUGGGUAAAAUGACGAGGUUCAAAAUGAUUUUCAGAAUCAUGUGGUGCAUAUAUUUUUAGUGCACCUUAAAAUCCAGUUUUUCUGAGUCGAAGUUUAACAGAGAAUGGUGGAGGAGAGGGCUCUGUAAAAUCUGAAAAACUUCCAAAGUCACUCCAAAUGAAAUGAAUUCCGCCGCAACCUCGUUAAACACCUGAAAAUGUUUGAAACUGUAAAUAUUUUUCAGAUUUGUGUUGACUGUCAGGGCACUGGCUAGCUUGUUUGACUCUAUUGAAAAUGCAGUUGAUCUGUUUUUGUUUGUUUUUUGUAUCAAUGUCGAUCAAAGGGGUGCGCUUGUUUCGGUUCAUCCUUAAUGGUGAUUUAUUUGUUAAAAUCUAACCAAUGACGACUGGCUGAAACAAAACAAGCUCACUCCAUUAGCUGUUCUAUGACAGCGGGAAGGAAUGUGUGUAUAAAUAAAGGGGGCCUGAACUUAACGCUCAGCCACCAGCCAAACAGUUCAGUUCAAAGACCUUCAGUUUUACUGACUUCUGUGGCUAAACAGAAAAAGCAUUUAUAUCCUGAGGAGAUAAUGUACCAUUUUUAUCGUUUAUGAGUUAGUGUCCAGCACAUUGCUCCAAAGAAGUUCUUGGCUGGUUGGUUUGAAAGUUAGCUUCAUGCCCUGAAUAUGAAACCAACAAAGAGUUUGAUAUGUCACUUCAUGAUGAACAAGUUUACAACCGACUGAUGUUUUAUUUAUUGUUACUAUCUUGAAACCGUGACCUGUGUAUUAUUCCUAAUGACAUGCUGCUCUGCUUGUUCAACUGGAAGU